AAUUGGAAAUGGACACUGCCUGAUGUCUGCAGUUGCUGAGAAUGAAUUCUGAGAGAGUUCGGUCAGCAGAGACAUAGGGUUUUUGUGUGAUAUUCUGCACAGAGAAGACUCUCUGGAUUUGUGGCCGGCCAUAGUGGCUAUUAAGACACAUAUAUAGUGGUGCAGAAUAGUUAUGGGAAAUGCACCACUUUGUCAGGCCUGCCAUACAGACAAAAUAAUUGGAAACAUCCAAGAACUGGAUAAAACAACUGAUUACUACGGCUACCUCAGUGAUGCAAGCACAGAGCAUGAAGUUCUGUCUGACAGCAACGCCAGCUUUCUGAGAGCAGCGAGAGCGGGAAAUGUAGACAAGGUUGUGGAAUACCUAAAAGGUGGAAUAGACAUAAAUACUUGUAACCAGAAUGGACUCAAUGCUUUGCACCUUGCUGCAAAAGAGGGACAUAUUGGCCUUGUGCAGGAAUUAUUGGAAAGAGGAUCUUCAGUGGAUUCUGCUACCAAGAAAGGAAACACGGCUCUACAUAUUGCUGCAUUGGCUGGGCAAACAGACGUGGUCAAGGUUCUUGUCAAAGAAGGAGCUAAUAUUAAUGCUCAGUCCCAGAAUGGCUUUACACCUCUGUACAUGGCUUCCCAAGAAAAUCACCUAGAAGUAGUGAAAUAUUUACUAGAAACAGGAGCCAAUCAAAGCACUGCCACAGAGGAUGGCUUCACGCCGCUUGCUGUUGCCCUUCAGCAAGGGCAUAAUCAAGUGGUUGCUAUUCUCUUGGAGAAUGAUACCAAGGGGAAGGUCAGACUUCCUGCCCUGCACAUUGCCGCCAGGAAGGACGACACAAAGUCUGCUGCCCUCUUGCUGCAGAAUGACCACAAUGCAGAUGUACAGUCAAAGAGUGGUUUCACCCCUUUACACAUAGCCGCACAUUAUGGAAAUGUAAAUGUGGCCACACUCCUGCUUAACAGAGGUGCAGCAGUAGACUUCACAGCCAGGAAUGGAAUAACCCCCUUACACGUUGCAUCCAAAAGAGGAAAUACAAAUAUGGUGAAAUUAUUGUUGGAUCGUGGAGGGCAAAUUGAUGCCAAAACCAGAGAUGGUCUUACCCCUUUACACUGUGCUGCACGGAGUGGGCAUGACCCAGCAGUGGAACUUCUCUUAGAGAGAGGAGCACCACUUCUUGCAAGGACCAAGAAUGGACUGUCCCCACUUCACAUGGCUGCACAAGGGGAUCAUGUUGAGUGCGUGAAACACCUGCUACAGCACAAGGCUCCUGUUGAUGAUGUCACUCUAGAUUAUCUGACAUCUCUGCAUGUUGCAGCCCAUUGUGGACAUUACCGAGUAACUAAGCUGCUCCUUGACAAGAGGGCAAAUCCUAAUGCCCGUGCUCUGAAUGGUUUUACUCCAUUGCACAUUGCCUGCAAGAAAAACCGUAUCAAAGUUAUGGAACUCCUAGUGAAAUAUGGGGCUUCAAUACAAGCUAUAACAGAGUCUGGUCUCACUCCAAUACAUGUGGCUGCAUUCAUGGGCCACUUGAACAUAGUCCUCCUUCUGCUGCAGAAUGGAGCCUCUCCAGAUGUCACUAACAUUCGUGGAGAGACAGCACUGCAUAUGGCAGCUAGAGCAGGCCAGGUUGAGGUGGUUCGUUGCCUUCUGAGAAAUGGUGCCCUUGUAGAUGCCAGAGCCAGGGAGGAGCAGACACCUCUUCAUAUCGCCUCACGUUUGGGUAAAACAGAGAUCGUCCAGCUGUUGCUACAACAUAUGGCUCACCCAGAUGCUGCUACUACAAAUGGUUAUACUCCUCUGCAUAUUUCUGCAAGGGAGGGACAAGUGGAUGUGGCAUCUGUCUUGCUAGAGGCAGGUGCUGCACAUUCAUUUGCUACCAAGAAGGGAUUCACACCACUGCACGUGGCAGCAAAAUAUGGAAGCCUAGAUGUGGCUAAACUACUCCUUCAACGCCGGGCACCCCCUGAUGCAGCAGGCAAGAAUGGACUCACACCACUCCAUGUUGCUGCUCACUAUGACAACCAGAAGGUGGCACUGCUGUUAUUGGAUAAAGGUGCUUCUCCCCAUUCCACAGCCAAGAAUGGUUACACCCCCCUGCAUAUUGCUGCCAAAAAGAACCAAAUGCAAAUAGCCACUACACUGCUAAACUAUGGGGCAGAGACCAACAUUCUUACCAAGCAAGCAGUCACCCCACUGCACCUGGCCGCUCAGGAGGGGCAUGCAGACAUGGUAACACUAUUGCUGAAUAAAGGCGCCAAUAUUCAUGUUGGAACCAAGAAUGGGUUAACACCUUUGCACCUUGCGGCCCAAGAGGACAGGGUGAAUGUAGCUGAUAUAUUGGCAAAGAAUGGAGCUAACCUAGAUGCCCACACUAAGCUUGGUUACACACCACUAAUUGUAGCCAGUCACUAUGGGAACAUUAAGAUGGUGAACUUCCUUCUAUCGCAUGGAGCAGGUGUCAGUGCUAAAACAAAGAAUGGCUAUACACCUUUACAUCAGGCUGCCCAGCAAGGACACACACACAUUAUAAAUGUGCUACUCCAACAUGGAGCAAAGCCAAAUGCCACAACUUCGAAUGGCAAUACAGCCCUUGCGAUUGCUCGCCGCCUGGGAUACAUCUCUGUGGUGGACACACUGAAGGUUGUUACAGAAGAAAUCAUCACCACAACAACUACUGUGACAGAGAAACACAAACUAAAUGUGCCUGAAACAAUGACAGAAGUGCUUGAGGUCUCUGAUGAAGAAGCCAGUAAAUUCUUUGAUGGUGAACAGUUGUCUGAUGGGGAACUGCUUAGUCUGCAAGAUGAUACAAUGACAGGGGAUGGAGGCGAAUACCUUAGGGCUGAAGAUCUAAAAGAGCUUGGGGAUGACUCCCUUCCCAGCAGCCAGUAUCUAGAUGGAAUGAACUAUCUGAGGUACAGCUUAGAGGGUGGACGAUCGGACAGCCUGCGAUCCUUCAGUUCAGACAGGUCCCACACGAUGAGCCAUGCAUCCUACCUUAGAGGCAGUGCAAUGAUAGAUGAGACAGUUAUCAUGCCUCAUGAACAGGUUUCGUAUUUGGCAAAGCAAGUAGACCAGAACACAUACCGUCUGAGCUGGGGAACGGAUAAUCUAGACAAUGUAGCACUUUCAUCAAGUCCAGUUCAUUCAGGUUUCCUUGUUAGUUUCAUGGUUGAUGCUCGCGGGGGUGCUAUGAGAGGCUGUCGACACAAUGGUCUGAGAAUAAUAAUUCCACCUAGAAAAUGUACUGCUCCAACACGAGUGACGUGUCGCUUGGUCAAACGCCAUCGAUUGGCAACCAUGCCACCCAUGGUAGAAGGAGAAGGCCUAGCCAGUCGUCUUAUAGAAGUUGGCCCUUCAGGGGCUCAGUUCCUUGGGCCUGUGAUUGUUGAAAUACCUCAUUUUGCGGCUCUGCGAGGAAAAGAACGGGAGCUUGUAAUACUACGCAGUGAGACUGGCGACAGUUGGAAGGAGCAUUUUUGUGAAUUCACAGAGGAUGAGCUCAAUGAGAUUCUUAAUGGAAUGGAUGAAGAGCUUGACUCCCCUGAGGAACUGGAAAAGAAGAGAAUUUGUCGUAUUAUCACGCGUGAUUUCCCGCAGUAUUUUGCAGUGGUAUCACGUGUUAAACAGGAUAACAAUCUGAUUGGACCUGAAGGAGGUGUUUUGAGCAGUACUGUUGUUCCUCAAGUCCAAGCAGUCUUCCCAGAAGGUGCUCUUACUAAGAGAAUUCGCGUAGGCCUCCAGGCUCAGCCAAUGCAUGGUGAACUUGUAAAGAAGAUAUUGGGUAACAAAGCUUCAUUCAGUCCUAUUGUAACGUUAGAACCCAGAAGAAGGAAAUUCCAUAAGCCAAUAACAAUGACCAUUCCUGUACCCAAAACCUCAAGUGAGGCAAUGCUUAAUGGGUAUGGAGGUGACACACCCACCUUAAGAUUACUAUGCAGUAUUACUGGUGGUACAACUCCUGCACAGUGGGAAGAUAUCACUGGGACAACUCCUCUUACAUUCAUUAAUGAAUGUGUUUCUUUUACCACCAACGUAUCAGCCAGGUUCUGGUUAAUAGACUGUCGACAAAUCCAAGAAUCUGUUACUUUUGCCAGCCAAGUGUAUAGAGAAAUUAUAUGUGUUCCCUACAUGGCCAAAUUUGUUGUGUUUGCCAAAUCCCAAGAUCCCAUUGAAGCACGUCUGAGAUGCUUUUGCAUGACAGAUGACAAAGUGGACAAAACACUGGAACAGCAAGAAAACUUUGCAGAAGUUGCUAGAAGCAGAGACGUAGAGGUGCUUGAAGGAAAACCAAUCUACGUAGACUGUUUUGGAAACUUGAUACCGCUAAUAAAGAGUGGUCAGCAUCAUAUCUUUAGUUUUUAUGCCUUUAAGGAAAACAGACUUCCAUUAUUUGUCAAGGUACGAGAUACAACUCAGGAACCUUGUGGACGCCUAUCUUUUAUGAAGGAGCCAAAGUCAUCACGAGGCCUUGUAUACCAAGCCAUAUGUAAUCUCAAUAUUACAUUGCCACAAUAUAAUAAGGGGACGCUAACAUCUGAAAAAAAUGAUGAAGAGACAGAAUCCACAGAAACAUCCAUCCUGAAAAGCCAUCUUGUAAAUGAUGUGCCAGUGUUAGCAAGUCCAGAUUUGCUAUCUGAAGUAUGUGAUAUGAAGCAAGACCUAAUUAAAAUGACUGCAAUUUUGACAACUGAUACCAUUCAGAAGCCAGGUUCCCAUAAAGCAAAAUAUCUUGAAAAGGCAGAGGAAGAUCCAUGCGAACCUUUUGAAAUUGUGGAAAAGGUGAAAGAAGACUUAGAAAAAGUAAAUGAAAUUCUCAGAACUGGAACCUACACAAGAGAGGAUUCCUUGCUUGAAGGAGCAUAUUCUGCAAGAACAUAUAAAAAGGAAGAGGAAUGGGUUAUAAUAGACGAAGAUGAGAUUGAGGAAGCUAAAUUAAGUGCACUGCUUCAAGAAACACCUUGUGUAGAAAUACGUAUUGAUAAAGGGGAAAGGGAAUGGGUAAAAUCUGACACGACAGAUAUGGUAAAUUAUUUAGCCAGUGAUUUAAAUUCUUAUGUGCCUGAUCAUGAGAUUUCUCAAACAGCUGAAACACAAAGAAAAGAAAGGAAAAUGCCCUUAGAAAUUAAGAAGCCAGUGAGGAGAAAAUUAAAAGAGAGGAAAAUGGAAGAAGAGAUGCAAGGCAUAAGUGAUCAAUCAGGACUGACGAAAUUUAGUUCAGAAGAGUCAUUAGAUGAAGAGACAAGUCUCACACCAAUAUCGGUUUCAAAUACUAAAGAGGUGUCACCAGUUAUUGAGGAAACGCCAAUUGGAUCAAUUAAAGAUAAAGUUAAGGCUCUCCAAAAGCGAGUAGAGGAAGAGCAAAAGGGACUUUCCAUUAUACCCACAAAAACAAAAGCAAAGGAUGCUAUAAGUGAGCUUUCUAAACAACAAAAGGUAGUUCAGAUACCCCAGCCACCUAAAUCUCCAUCUUCUAAGUCAGAAAGACUAGAAGAAACUAUGUCUGUUCGUGAAUUAAUGAAAGCAUUCCAAUCUGGCCAUGAUCCAUCUAAGGAAAAAUCAGGACUUUUUGAGCACAAAGCAAAUGCUUCUAAACAGAAAUAUAAAGUUGAAGAUAAGUUGGCAGAUGAUUCUUUACAUAGAAAUAUUGAAGCUCCUUUUAGCGAUACAGUAGUAGAAUUUUCAAAAAAUGACAAUGUUUUGAUACUUAGUAAUAAUGAGCAGAUAGUAGAAAAAGAAUGUGAUCAUUUGACAGAUUUGGAGAUGCCAAAAGAGGCUUUAAUACUUGAUGAUUAUAUAAGCCAAGGAAUAGACUUAGUUAGUGCUACAUCAGCUACUUUUGUAGCUGCUCAGGAAGGUAACCAACCCCCUAAAUUAUCUGAAUCUAUUGAUUCAGUUUCUGACAAUCAAAGUUACACAGCUAUAUCUAAUUUGAAAGUUAGACUAAGUGUUGGAGACCAGGAUAUUGAUCCUCAAAUUAGUCCUGACAGAAAAACAUCCACAGACUUUUCUGAUGUUAUUAAAGAAGAACUUGAAGACAAUGACAAAUAUUUACAGUUCAAACAUCUUCCAGAAACCGAAGGAGCCCAGCUAAAUUUAGAUCAGGUAUUGAUAAGUCCAUUUAAUGUAUCAUUUCCUUCAGACUAUGGGACAGAUGGAUUUCUACCUUCAUUACAUUUACAAGCUGGUACAUUUGAUGACAGCUCAGAUAGUCUCAAACAUGAAGGUAUUGCUGAAUCUCCUAGUGGUAGUCUGUUAGAAGGUACCCCUCAGAUGAGCUCAGAGGAGAGCUAUAAACAUGAAGGUCUAGCAGAGACUCCAGGUACAAGCCCAGAAAGCCUUUCACUUUCUCCUAAGAAAUCUGACCAGCAGACUGACGAAGAAGCAAAAACUUCUUCAAUAAAUCAAACUCUUGAGAAAAUGCACAAUGAUCAGCUGCCCAAAACAGGCUACAUGUCCCCUACUGAAUGUGAAACUGUAUUAGAAGAGAGACAUUUGUCUGAAAAUGAGCAAGUGAUAAUUAGGGACAUAUCUACUACUAGACAAGAUAUUACAGAUAAAAUACAAGUUACUAGCCAAAUGUUCAGCACUGAUGAAGCUAGUACAAUACAAAACGAAGCAGAACGUGUUGAUAAAACUUAUAUUGAAGAGGAAAUUCCUAUUACUGUGAAAAUCCCUAUGGGAUUGGAUCUUAUUCUUAUUACCCAUGUUGAAGAAGCCAUUAGCCCAGCAGCAGAUGAAUCAAUAGCAAUUAGUCAGAAGGACUCAUUGGAAUCAAGUCCAGUAUUAGAAGAUAAUUCUUCACAUAAAACUCCAGACUCUUUAGAACCAAGCCCAAGUAAAGAAUCUCCAUGUCAAGAUUCCCUUGAAAGCAGUCCAGUAGAGCAUAAGUCUAAAUUUGGUAUUCCUGUUGGCUCAUUUGCCCUUCACACAGGAUUGAAAUCAGACUUGACCACAGAACUGUCAGCCCUGCGCUCUAGGAUUCUCCGAGAUCCAGAUGGAAGUGCUGAAGAUGAUAGCAUAGAACAAACCUCACUCAUGGAAAGCUCAGGGAAGAGUCCACUUUCUCCAGACACACCCAGUUCUGAAGAAAUAAGUUAUGAGGUUACACCAAAAGCACAAGACUUGCAAGCAUUUUCCAUGCUUCCAAAGCCAGGGAUAAUUCCUGAAGAUUCUGAGGAACAAGAUGAUGAUUCAGAAGCUGAACCAAAGAAAAGAUUUACACCUGAAGAAGAGAUGUUUAAAAUGGUAACAAAGGUCAAAAUGUUUGAUGAGCUUGAGCAAGAAGCAAAGCAAAAAAGAGAAUUCAAAAAGGAAUCCAAGCAAGAGGAAACUAUAAUUGUGCCUGAUGUAGUCAGUUCAAACGAAGAUGAUACAGAUGAAGGAGAUAUAAAAUUAGUACAAACUGAGGAUGUACAAGUUGUAGUGAUGUCUUUAGAAAGCAGAAAAAGUUCUUCCUCUUCAGAAAGUGAACCUGAGUUAACCCAGCUGAAAAAAGGAGCAGCCUCUGGUCUUUUUGUUGACCCUUUAAUUAGAGUUCAGCCACCCUCCCCACUCCCUCCAAGUUUAGAUUCAAGCUCAAGCCCUGAAGAAACUGCUUUCCAGCCUAUUACAUGUGCACAUGAAUCUUUUAGGAUGGAAGAGGAUCAACAACAAUAUGAUCAUCCACAACACUCAGAUCUUAAAGAAGAUAUUUAUCAUGAAAGCAGCCUUACAUCAAAAAAAGAGCAUUGUACAGAGUUUACACUCGAACUGCAAAUGAAGAGCACUAAUGAAAGUGAGCCUUUAAGUCCUAAUGGACCAGUAACACAAUCUUGUCAUAGUACAAGUCUUUCAGUUAGUGAAGAUAGUGAAGUAAAAACAAUGGAUACAGAGCUACAUGUUUAUCAUUUAAAUGAAUCAUUAGAAAAGGAAGGAUGUUCUGAGAGAAUAUCUCCAUUAGGUUAUACAGUCAGUAAAUUUAUAUCUCUUAAAGGAGAUGUACAAGAAGAGCAUUAUGCCGACCAGUGCCUAGAAUCAGUUAUAGAUGAUACUAAUGUAGAAACAACAAAUCAAAUUAAUUGUUCCCCUGAACUAUCACAAGUUAAAGAUGAUUUAACAACAAGUGAGACAGCAAUUUAUAUAUCAAAGAUAGUAAUUAAAAGUGAUUGUAGUUUAAUAUCUUCCUCUAAAUCAACACAAGAUAAAAUAGAUGUAGAAAUCCCCUUAUUAGAAGAAGCAACACCUGAAACUAAAUAUAUUGUUCCAGAGCUUACAAGCCCUUAUGAAAAUGUUCCAUUUGAACACUAUUUUCCCCAUAAAGAUACUGUGCUAGAGAUAACAGAGCGAGAUGUUUUACCAGCAGAUACUUUGAGUGAGCAACAUUUUUGUGAAGAGAUUACUUUAGGUAGUGGUAGAAAACAUAGAUCAGAAUCUGAAAUUCAUGAAAUAGAGGAUAAAAAGUCAGAUAUAAAAAGAACAUCCUGGUGUUCGUCAACAAGUAGUGAUAUUGCAAAAGAUUUUCAAAAAGAUGCCUUAUCAGAUGAUGCAAUAGAUAAUCAAUGCAGCAAAGUUAUUAUAACAAGGUCAGAUGCUGAUAUUGACUCAUGGAGUUCUAUAAGGGAAGAUGAUGAAGCAUUUGAAGCACGAGUUAAAGAGGAAGAGCAAAAGAUAUUUGGAUUAAUGGUAGACAAACAGUCCCAGGGUACAACUCCAGAUAGCACUCCAGCACGUACACCAACAGAAGAGGGCACUCCAAGUACGGAGCAAAAUCCAUUUAUGUUUCAGGAAGGAAAACUUUUUGAAAUGACUCGCAGUGGAGCCAUUGAUAUGACAAAACGGACCUAUGCAGAUGAAAGCUUCCACUUUUUCCAAAUAGGCCAGCAGUGUACCGAACAAGCUGUACAAGAGGAAAUCAAAGAAGAAAGUGGUGAAGAGGAGUCGCCAAACCCUGAUAGUUUAUCUGACCCUUUCCCUGUUGUAGAUCCUGAAAUAGCAAUAGAUGAAAGGCAGGAAAAAGUAGAUCCCUUGUCUGAUACCCAUUUGAUAGAAUAUGACAUAAAUUUGGAAACAGAUGAUGUUCAAGAUGUUGAAGUUACAAAAACAGAACAGAAGUCACGUAUUCCCAUUAAAAUGGGUAUCUCUGCAGCCUCAAAAUCAUCUAAAAAAGUUCCUUCAGAAUCGAAUGAGGCUAAAGCGCAAUCCAGAAGUGUAUCAGAAUCUCAGGAAAGCUGUGACACCUCACAGGAUUCAUGGCCUUCUUCCCCAGAACAAUCUGUAGUAGAUAUGCAGUUACAGUUUACAACAGUUUCACAGUCAGAGUUUCCUGAACGAGAAGAAUCCCCUGAAUCGUCACCAGAGGAGCCAAAGUCAGUUAUCGAAAUCCCAACUGCAGUCAUUGAAGAGGGAUCAGUAGUGGAAACAAAGUCCAAAAUCCCAAUAAGAGCUAGUUCUUAUUUGCCUGAAGACCAGACCCAAUCAUUAUACAUAAAUUCAGAACAGAAUUUGCCAGAUGAGUUUACUAAUAUAGAAGAGCAAAAACCAAAAUCAAAAAUUCCAGUAAAAACACCCAUUCAUAAAUCUGAGCAACAUUUUAUAUUCACAGAAAGUACAGACAGCAAAAUGUCUGAAACAAGUAGUAAAUUACCUGUAAAACAAGAUAUUCGAAGCAAGUCAGAGUCUGAUACUCAUUCAUCUACUGAUGCCAAAGCUAAACGUGCUACAAAAACCAGAAGCUGUACAGAAACUUCUUGUUAUACCACUGAAAAAUCAGGUCAGAUUCUUGAAGGAGAAGCAAAUGAGGUAUCAAAACCAAAAAUCCCUACAUCAAAAUUACCAGUUAAAGCAAAAAGUUCUGUAUCUUACCAAAUAAACACUAGCACUGCAGCUAGUGAAAGUGAAAAGUUUUUUGAAAUGUAUAGGAACUCUAUAGAUUUCUUUGAGGAGAUAAGUGAUGAAGCCUCUAAGCUAGUUGACCGACUCACACAAGCUGAAAAAGAACAAGAAUUAGUAUCCGAUGAUGAGAGUAGUGCCUUUGAAAUUUCAGUAAUUGAAAAUGUUCCAGUGGUUGAAGUUGAACAGCAGCCUACCUCUGAAGAUCUCUUUGACACAAGACCAAUAUGGGAUGAGUCAAUUGAGACUCAAAUUGAACGUAUUCCUGAUGAUCAUAGUCAUGACAAUAUUCAAGCAUUGCAAGAAGAUCAACAGAGAACAGAACAAAGACUUGCAUAUAUUGCUGACCAUCUUGGCUUCAGCUGGACAGAACUAGCUAGGGAGUUGGACUUCACAGAAGAACAAAUUCACCAAAUCCGUGUAGAAAACCCUAAUUCAUUACAGGACCAGAGCCAUGCAUUGCUGAAGUACUGGCUUGACAGGGAUGGGAAACAUGCAACAGAAACAAAUUUAAAUCAGUGCCUCACUAAUAUUAAUCGAAUGGACAUUGUUCAUUUAAUGGAAACAUAUAUCACAGAGCCGUUGCCAUGUCACGCCAACCGUACAUAUGCUGAUAUGGAGCAGACAAUAUCGCUGGACCAUUGUGAAGAUUUUUCUGCACUUCAGGAAGAGUUCUGCAGUCCUCAGAGGAAGGUGAAUGUUGACCAUAACACCUCACAAGACAAUGCGGCCAGACAACACCCUCCUCUUGUAUCUGAAGAGGAUGUUUCACUCAAUGAGAGCACAACCAGGUUCGAGGAUGAGACAUCGGUUUCAGAAAUGCUACGUCAGCUGCAGAAAGAGAAACUGGAAGCCGAUAUCUCAAGGGAAACACCUGAACUAUCUAGGACUUUAUCUUCUGAACAACAGGAAUAUUUUGUCACAUCUCCAGAAGCAGAUAAAUUCCAGUCAUCAGAGGCUGAGCUACAACAAAUCCCUUGUAAUGAAAUUUCAAGUUCACCUGAAGUCUCUGAUAGGCCUUACCAAUACACACCCAUGUCAGAUCAGCACAGUGAUUCUCCUAUUGUACAAGAACCUGAUGAAUCAUUGGAGCAAGAAGAUGCUGUUGCAGGAAGUGAUCUCCUCAUAGUAGAAUCAUCAGAUGAGCAGCCAGAGAAGUUAGAAAGACGUACGGAAUAUGACUCAUUCGAGUCAUUUGAAAAGGCAGAUGACAUGUCUGAUAUCUUACCUGAGACAGUGACUGAAGAGCAAUACACAGAUGAGCAUGGUCAUAUUGUGGUGAAGAAGGUCACUCGGAAAAUUAUCAGAAGAUUUGUUUUACCAGAUGGUACUGAAAAGGAAGAAGUGGUCGUUCACGGAGGGCCACAGGAACAGGUGACAAUAGAAGAUGGAGACUCAGUUUCUAAAGUUGUGAAACGUACAGUACUCAAGAGUGACACUGAAGAGUCUGAGAUCACUUUCUCUGAGCCUAGAAGUGUUUCAUCAGAAUUUGAGACUGAACCUGUGGAAGGACGGAAGGUCAGCAAGAUUCUAAAGACUACCAUGGUUCACGGAGAAAGAACAGAGAAAUAUCUUGGGGAUACCAGUUUAGCAUCUGAUCUGCCUUCAGCCAAAGACGAUUUUGAACAGGCUUUAAGUUAUGCUGGUGCAGAUACAAGAGUUCACGUGCCCAAUUUAGUGGAAAAAGAAAUUAUUAAAGAGGAUGGAUCUGUUAUAAAAAGGACGAUGAUGAGUAAAGCCAGCACGCGGAAGAGGACUGUGGUAAAGGACCAGCAUGGAAAGCAUGUCUUUGUUGAGCAGCUGGAGGAUGUUCCUGAAGUGCUACACAAGGAUGAUCUCCAGAAUGACCUACACCAACUUCUUAACCGCUUCUGUGGAGAGGACUGGGAGAAAGAGGCCAAAUGAGGGGCUGUAACACAUAUCCAUCUUCAGUAUGCAAAAAUUAUAUUUUUUAAGUGAAAGGGGCAAUGGAUAAUGCUUGCAAUGGGAGACAACGCUCCAUUUCUGCACAUAUAAUAAAGAUGACCAGUUAUAUGUUUCUGUUUGUAAAUGCGAACAUAAUUUGUGACCAAAGAUAGCAUCCAUUUCUGGAUGGUAUUUCCAUAUUAUCCACAAUUGUUUUGUAAGGGUGUAAUCCAGAUUGCCCUUUUAUGUUUGCUUCAUCCACAGGCCUCUUCAUAGUAUUUAUGAAGGUAACCCAACCAAACGGAUUGUGCCAUGCUACCUAGGGCUUGGAUUUGCUAAAUGUAUGGUACCCUACCACGAACAAUGGCAAAGCUUUGUUUCUUAGACGGCAAAGUAAGGUAUAUUGUUCAAAAGACUGUAAAGGUAUCACGAAUAGGAUUCAAAGCUUUGAGGUUGAAUCAUCAAGAUUCCAUAAAUCACUUUAAAUACUAAAAUUACUUUUGAAACAUGAAAGAAAUAAGAUGAAACCAAACAGGCAAACCAAUAUGCUAGCUGCUUAUCUAAAGGCAAAAUGCAUUAUCUGAUAUUCUAGACUAGAUAUAUGUUAAAAGUCUAGUCAUCUGUUAAAGUAGCAUACAACUAUUUAACUGUUCUCAUCACUCCUUUGGCAGAACAAAAGGUCUUAUUACUAGAGGUAAUAUCUUCUGGCCAUAGCCAUGUAAAUAAUGUGAUGUGAAAAUUAAUUACCCAAUAACUUAAAAAUAAGUCACUAUGUUUAUCAGGAUUUCCUCUGGCACAUGCAUGUGACACAAAAAAAAUAAAUAAAAUAAACUUGUAAUCAUGUGUGGUGCUUGUUAACUCUCUUUAGCACUGAGCAAGCAAUUUUCACAAAUAUGUCAUCACCUAUUUAUGUAUUUUAUUUUUCUGUCAAAAGCUAAAGAUACAAUGCAGGUUUCCGUUUUGCUCUUUUUUUAUGUCUUCAAACAAAUUUUUUGGAAAAAUAAAAUAGCAUUUAUGCACUUUUUUUUUAACGAAGGGAAUAUAAAAGAGGAAAUAUUUUUUUGUCUUAUGUACUUUUAUUCUACUUGUGGUUUGAAUUGUAGCCUUUUAACAUACAAAUAAAAAUAUAUAUAUAAAAAUAUAUUAUAAAUAUAUAAGCGGUAUACAUUUUAAACCCAUUUAUUUAAUUCAAGUAUAAAUUUGGAUUAAAAAAAGAACAAAACAACAUUGUGGUAGCCAUUUCGAAAUUGCUAAUUUAUAAAUAAUAGAACAAAAAUCAACAAGGGAUUAUCAAAAACAGCCCACCUAGUGCUCUGAAUGUUAUGUAAAUUAAGGGAAUGUCGUCAAAAAAUUCUUGAAGUCUGCUGGACAAAGCUCAAAAAUUAUUUGGAUAUAUUUAAUUAAAAACUCUCUUGUGCAGCUUUUUUUGUUGGGUCAGGCAUAUUGCUAAAAUACUUUCUCAGUCAAUAGGUACACUUCAAGCAUAAGAGAAUCUGUGAUGUGUUAUCUGGAAUCAGGAUCGUUUUAAGGGAAACUCGUUUUAUUAUGAGGAAAGUGACGGCUGAUGUUUUUGGCUUAGUCUGUUGAAGAAAGGGGAAAAAAAACAUUUCUGUUGUGCUAUUUGCAGUGCAGAUGAUGUCAAUGUAAUGGCAUAAAAUGCUACUCACUUUUUGGGUUUCUGAUUUUUUUUAAUUAUUUUUUUUUACUACUGUGGAAGUGACAUUUGAGUUGAUGAUUCAGCAUACUGUUCCCAUGGUGAUAACUAAUUUAUUAUAUCUAUGAGGGCAUGUCUUAGAUACAAAUGAAAAGAAAGUAACACUAACAAUACAUAGCUGCAAUGUGUACAAUGGCUGAUUUAAUUAAAUAAAGUGUUAAAUGUA